AUGAUUGGUUUUUAUAGAAAAUUUAUCCCUCGCUUCGCUCAAAUAUCAGCUUCACUCAACAAAUUUACUCGAAAAGGUUUUCCCUUUAUCUGGACAGAAAUAGAACAAGAAUCUUUUAACCAACUAAAAGAUGCAAUUACAUCUCCUACAGUACUUGUAUUACCUGAUCCUUCUCAACCAUAUACAAUUCGAACUGAUGCAUCACGGGUAGGUAUCGGCGCAGUCCUUUUGCAGAAGCAAACUGUUGAUGCUGAAGAUAUAUCAACUGUUUCUAUUUAUAAGCCAGUUGCAUUCGCCUCGCGAAGUUUAAAACCUGCUGAGAAGCAUUAUUCCACUAUUGAACUAGAAACAUUAGCCAUACGGUGGAGUGUGACUCAGAAAUUUCGCACUUAUAUUGAAGGACAACAAUUUACUCUGGAAAUUGAUCACAAACCGUUACUCUCGAUUAUGAAAAAGCCAUAUCAUAAUACUCGUAUUGAACGUUGGAUGGCAACAUUACAAGAAUAUGAUAUGAUUGUUCAACAUAUUUCCGGAAAAGACAAUACUACUGCCGAUGCUCUGUCUCGUUAUCCAGUUGAUCUACCUGAUAAUAACUAUUAUGAUGCACCAAGUCUUGUGAACUCUUCAAUUCAAAUUGAACAUGUUCUGAUCAACGUCGUUAUCACACGUUCAAUGAAAAAAAACACCUCUUCUUCUGAUCAUCAAGUUCAACAAACAAUAACACCACCUAUAUCUAUUACACCAUGA